AUGGCAGUUAGAUCAGAACUUAGCGAGCAGAAGUUAGGGUACAUAAGGGAGUUCGUAAACAAUAAAGACCCAAAGGAAGAAUAUAAGCUAAUCCAGAGCAUUGGGACUGGCACAUACGGCGAGGUUUACAAGGCCAUUCGGUUAAGGACAAAGGAAUUCGCUGCUGUCAAAAUAAUUAAAGUCGAUGCUAAGGAUGAUGUACGUGCUAUACUUCAGGAGAUACAAACACUCCGCGAAUGUCGACACUGCAACAUCGUACAAUUCUUCGGUAGCUAUUUCAGAAAUAAUAAAUUGUGGAUAUGUAUGGAGUUCUGUGGAGGGUUCUCUAUGCAGGAUAUUUACACAAAUAUCCAGAGACCCAUUGAAGAGAAUUGCAUAGCUUUUGUAUCCAGGGAAACGUUACGAGGCAUAGAAUACAUGCAUAAAGCAGGGAAAAUACACCGUGACAUUAAGGGUGCAAAUAUUCUACUGACGACUGACGGUGAUGUCAAAAUUGCCGAUUUUGGUGUUGCAGCUCAAAUCACACAGACAAUUCAACGUCGAAAUUCUUUCAUUGGAACACCAUACUGGAUGGCACCUGAAGUUGCAGCUGUUGAACGUAAAGGUGGUUAUGAUGAGAAAUGUGAUGUAUGGGCGUUAGGAAUUACUGCUAUUGAAUAUGCUGAACUACAACCUCCACUAUUUGAUUUACAUCCUAUGAGAGCUUUACGAAUACUUGGCAUGCGUAGUUACAAACCACCAGUACUUCGAAAUAAAUCUUUAUGGUCUCAGAAAUUUCAUAAUUUCCUGAAAGCAUCAUUAACAAAGAGUGAAAAGAAAAGACCAACAGCUCAAGCUUUAUUACGACAUGAAUUUGUCAAUCAACCACAUUUAACUAGACUAUUAACAUUGAAAUUAUUAGAAACUAAUCGUAAUCCUAAUAUUACUACUACUGCUGCUGCUGCUAAUAAUAACAACCGUUUAUCUGUUCAUGCAAAUAAUUCAACUAAUCAACAAAAAUCACAUAUAA